GAUUCUGCCGCCCCACUCAAUCAAAUAGAGUCACCGAGACCUUCACCGAGUCUCACCGCCCUCGGGUGUUCAACAUCAAUUUGCCGGGACUCGCCGAAAACAUCACUUGGAUUAAUUCCAACAGCUGAAGCUCCCGACCGGACAACACCAUCGUGCAUCGAGUCAAUUGUGCGAUCUACAGGGCCACCGACGACGACCAUGGCAGAGAAAUCCAUUCCCCCUCCCCCGAGCGCCGUCGCGCGACCCGUCAGUGAGGCACUUCUCAACGAGAAGUGGGAUCACUGCUUGUCCAACCUCCUUGUCAAGUCCACCCUUGGCCUUGGCUUCGGUGUCGUUUUCUCUGUCCUUCUGUUCAAGCGCAGGGCGUGGCCCGCUUUCAUCGGCGUCGGCUUCGGAGCCGGACGCGCAUACGAGGAGUGCAACUCCAGUCUUAAGCAAGCCGCCAGGGAGAUCAGGAAGCAGGCAUAG